UUUAAAUACAAGUAUUGACUUUAAACCGAUCUCUCAAUUUGGUCGAAUCGUUAGUUAUUAAAUUCGACUGCUCGCUUUAGAAUAUCCUUGGUUAAAAGCUUCACCCAUCAUUAAUGUGUCGUUCAGAGAACCGCGUCUGCAUCAAAAAAAUUGGGAAUUUUUAGAAAAAAAACCCCAUGUGAAAAACUCGAGUUUCUCAUCAUUAUAAGGUUUCUGCAUUCCUCUUUCAGCUCAUGUGCCGCCGUGCUCUUGGCGACUAUUGGGUUUUGCCUUGCCUUGUUCGUCCUCUCAGGUUAGAAGAUCACGUUCCGUUUUUAGUCGUUUCAGGGUAAAAAGGUUGGCCAGAUCGGUGACAAAGUCGGUUUUAGAAGAUGCGGUGCUUCCCCUGCUGCUUCAAACCCUCCACUUCUGAGGAUCGUUUUGAAGCCGAAACUAAUCACGUCAUGCUAGUUUCACUGCAUGAAGCUAACAUUCAAAAAGCUAAACAGCUUUCUUUGGACACUCAUGAGGAUGAACAGCUUAAGUUGGCCUAUGAGGAAUCAUCUCGACUUCGUCAACAAGAGGAGGAAGAGGAAAGAAGGCGCACCAGAGAGUCUGAAAGGGAUGCGCAGAUAGCAAAUGGUCUUCUAUACGAGGAAAGAGAAAGGCAGAUCAAUAAUAGAACUGCAUUGGGAGACGAAGAAGACGAGCAGCUUCCUAAGACUGUUCUGGAGAGUUUAAGAAACUUAGGCAAAAGAAAGCAGUUCGAAGAUGAUCAGCUGGAGAAUGAUAAACAGCAUGCUCUGAUGGUUCAGGAGAGUCUGAAUAUGGUUGAGUCUCCUACUCUAAUUAAAGAAAAUACAAGUAUUUCUCCUAGAGCUCUGUCAGAUGUAGAUAAGCAGCUUACUAAGGCUGUAAAAGAGACUUUAAAGGACAAAGGCAAAAGAAAGCAGUUUGAAGAUGAUCAGCUGGAGAAUGAUAAACAGCAUGCUCUGAUGGUUCAGGAGAGUCUAAACAUGGUAGAUUAUCCUCCUCGACUUGAAGAAAAUAACAACAUUUCCACUAGAGGUCCUGUGGAUGAAGAUGUACAGCGGGUUAUUUGGGAGAGUUUUAAGGGGAAUGGUCAAAUAGAGCAACCCAACGAUGAUGGAAACCUCCCAAAGGUGAAUUCUCCUUCUAGCAUGUGUGGUGGGUGCGACUUGGUGAUCGAACAUGGAAGAUCUGUGAAUAUUUUGGGUGUUCUUUGGCAUCCUAAAUGUUUAAUUUGUCAUGCUUGCGACAAACCAAUUGCUAUCCAGGAGGUUAAAAACUAUGUUUCGAACUCGAGAGGCAGUUUUCACAAAUCCUGUUAUGACCGGUACUGCUAUAUCUGCAAAGGGAAGGUUAGAGAGUUUGGUAAACAUCCGUUCUGGAAUGAAUUAUACUGCCUUGCUCAUGAGACUGAUGGAACUCCCAAAUGUUGCAGUUGCGAAAGGUUAGAGCCUAUGGGAACGAACUAUGUAGCACUUGGUGAUAGUCGAUUGCUAUGCCUAGAAUGUAUGGAUUCUGCCGUUAUGGAUUCUGAUGAAUGCCAGCCUUUACACUUUGACAUGCGUGAUUUCUUCGAAGGCUUAAACAUGAAAAUUGAGAAAGUAUUUCCUUUUCUUUUGGUGGAGAAACAAGCGCUGAAUAAAGCUGAGAAGGAAGAGAAAAUUGCCUAUCAGUAUGAGGUGGUAACCAGAGGUAUUUGCCUGUCUGAAGAGCAGACUGUCGAUAGUGUCUCACAAGGGCCAACCAGGGGGCCGGGCAACAAGCUAACACUAACAGGCAUGGCUACAGAACCUCAAAGGGUUGUUCGUGAGUGUGAGGUCACUGCAAUUCUCAUCCUAUAUGGACUUCCAAGGUUACUAACCGGAUAUAUAUUGGCUCACGAGAUGAUGCAUGCUUAUCUUAGACUCAAUGGACACAGAAAUCUUAACAAAGUUUUGGAAGAAGGAAUAUGCCAAGUGUUAGGCCACAUGUGGUUGGAGUCUGAGAGAUACGCCGCUGUUGAUGCUACUGCAGCUGCAGCUUCUUCUUCUUCUUCUUCCCGCACUCCUCCAGCUAGUGCGUCGAAGAAAGGGGAGUGGUCUGAUUUCGAGAAGAAGCUGGUGGAGUUUUGCAAACAUCAGAUAGAGACAGAUGAAUCACCAGUGUACGGUGAGGGGUUCAGGAAAGUUAACGAGAUGGUGACAAAUUCCAACCUCCCGGAUACACUCAGAGAGAUUCUUCGCCGGAGUUAAAGUCUUUGAAUCAGCCAUUUACUCCACGUCGACACGUUACACGUAUACAUACCAUAUACACACAUAUAUAUAUCUACACAGACGCACGUUUUCCAAACUUCAUGUUGCCGUCCCGUUUAGGCUUUUCCUUGUUUUUUUUUGGUGUGUAAAACUGUUUCUUUCUUCUUCGUUUUCCGGUAAAGUUGGAACCUUUGAGGAUCUUUUCGGAUUUCCUCGUUGGAUUCAAUUCUUGCGGUGGAUCUAUUCCCGCUUAAUUUAAAGAAACCGUUUCUUCAA